UGUGUAUAUAAAUCCCAGAAAUCCCUUGCAAGAAACAUCUUCCUCUCCUUCCAGCACAAUCAAGCCAGACAUCUUCUCAAACCAAAGAUCAAUCAAUCAAUCAAAUCAAUCAAGACUUCAAGUCAACAUACACAAGCCUUCACAAUGGAUACCAUCAAGAACGCCGCAAACUACGUUUCCGAGUCCAUUUCUGGCGCCGGUGCCACUGCUUCCAAGGAGGCCAACAAGAACGUCGCCAAGGACAGCGAUGCCAACCUCAGCACCCGCGCCCAGGCCGCUGGCGAUGCCAUCUCCGACAAGUUCGAUGAGCAGACUCACGACCGCAAGGCCGAUGUUCACAAGGAGGCUGCCAAGCACUAGAGGAUCAAUCAUCUCAUGGGCAUGACACACGAUGAACAGGAGUUUGAUAGGACAUAAAUCAAUGUGGAGGAAAGCAUGCGCUACCCCAAAUGACAUGGACACCUAAAUUAGGUUGAUAGUCCUGAAUACAAUUUCAGUGAUGAAGCAAA